AUGCAAACAUUCAAGAGCUUAUUCAGUCUCGUUGCGUUCUUGGCGCUCUCCAACGUCGCUUGUUCAACAACUCCGCUCUAUGCCACAGUCCCAGAAAAUGCCGCUAUCGGAAGAAACGUCACCAGCGUCCUAACCACCUCUCAGAUGGGCGAAGACGACGUUCAGUGUGAGAUUGUGGAGGGAGACGAGCACGGCCGGUUCAUGAUAACCACCUGUAGGAUCACAGUUGCACGGCCGUUAGAUUAUGACGUCAGUCCGAUGUACAACCUUAGGAUCAGAAAGGGCCAUCUCCUCAUUGACAACGCUUACGUGACUGUAGCUGUGAAGUCCGUGCGUGCGGAGGACAAACUGUGCUACCAAGCAUUCUGUCGGGAAGUUUCCGCACUCAUAGCUGUUCAUGAAAACCGGGAACACAAUAACGGAGCCUCCAACAUUGUCCGGCUUUUUGGGGUCAUCACGAAGUCCACGCCAAAAGGUGUUCUCCUGGAAUAUGCCAAUGGUGAUCUUUUGCAACUUCUUAAACGAUUGAAGCAACAAACCGAACGUCGACGCUUGGGUCGCGUUCUUCUCCUUAGCGACGUUCUACGCUAUGCUGUCCACAUCUCACGUGCCCUGGAGGAGCUCCGACGCCUUCCUAUCGCUCACGGUGACGUGGCCGCUCGGAACGUUCUCAUCAGUGGAGAUGACGUCGCUAAACUGACUGACUUCGGCCUGGCCCGUGACGUGUACAGCACCAUUUCGCACGCGGCUUCUGUGAAGACGGACGCUGAGGAGUUGUUGCCUCUGAAGUGGAUGGCUCUGGAGUCACUGAAAUAUCGUCAUUUCACGUGCGAGUCUGACACGUGGUCGUUCGGCGUGCUGCUGUGGGAGAUCGCGGCGUUUGGAGAGGAGCCCAGCUAUCAGGAGAUGGUCCGGCUCACCUAUCCGAACUUAGUAGAGUUCCUGAGGAGGGGAAUGCGUCUGCUGAAGCCGCGGGGAUGUCCGAACAGGCUGUAUGACGUCAUGAGGUCGUGUUGGCGGCAGGAGCCGUCGGCCAGACCGACACCUGAGGAACUGGAACAGAAACUUACAGAAUGUCGUCAUGAGAUAGAUCUUCAGUUUGUGGAGAAGGAAACCACCGUUUGA